GAGUCAGAUUUCCGAUUAUGUGAAGAAGAUAGAGGAAGUUGUGACGGUGGAGCGGGAAAUAUGGGAGAGGGAGGUGCGCAGCAUGGUGGAGGCGAGUAGAAGGGAGAAAGAGCAGAUGCGGAAGGCGAUGGACCACACCGUGAGAACACUGUUGGUGAGCAUGAAAACAGUGGAGGAGGAGAGGAGGAGGGAGGCAGCACUGAUGGAGAGAAACCGGGCGAAAACAGAGGAAGCCAUGCUAAUCGAGAUAAAGAGGUUGCAAGAGGAGAGAAGGACCGAGAAUGCACUGAUGGAGAAAGAGAAGGAGAGAAUGGUGCUGGCAACUCUGAUGGAGAAAAAGAAAGUUGAGGAGGAAAGAAGGGUAGAGCAGGCACACAUGGAGAUUCAGAGGGAGAAAACGGAGCAAGAAAUGUUGUGUGAAGUGACAGUGAAGAAGAGGUUGGCGGAGGAGAGGCUGACGGCAGAGCAGGUGCAGGCGGCGAAAGAGAGAGAGGAAACGGAAAACUUCCUGCUGAUGAAGUUAAAGCUGCUGGAGGAGGCGAGGAGGGCAGAGAGAGCACAGAUGGAGAAAGAGAUGGAGAAGAUGAACGAGCGGCUACUGAUAGAGCUGAAGAGACUGGAGGAGGAACGGAGGGCGGAAGUGGGACAGGCGGAGUUAAAGAAGGAGAAAAUGGCAGAGAAAGUGCUGAUGGAGAUGAAGAAAGUGGAGGAGGAGAGGAGACUGGUGCAGACGGAGAGAGGGAAGGAGAGAUCCGAGGAGCCCGUCGAGCAGCCGGUGCUCACGGAAGCGAGAGCACUGGCUGAGGAGAGCAGGAGGGAAAAGCUGGAAGUUCAGAAGGAGAGGCAGAAACUGGAGAAGGAGAUGCUGUCGAGGGUGAUGGCCCUGGACGAGGCCCGCAAGAGAGAGAAGACACAGCUGGAGAAGGAGAGGCAGGCGAUGCAGGGCGCGGUGCUGCUGGAGAGGAAGAGGCUGAGCGAGGAGCGGAGCAGGGGCAAGGAGCUGAUGGACAGAGAGAAGAGAGAGCUGGAGGAGACGCUGCUGGCGAAGAUGGAGAGAAUGGAGGCUGAGAUGAGGAGGGAGAAGGCCCUGGCGGAGAACGAGAAGGGCAAGGCGAAGGACGCGACGCUGCUGGAGAUGGCCAGGCUGGAAGAGGAGGGCAGGAGGAAGAAGACGCAGAUGGAGCGGGAGGUGGAGAAGAUGAAGGAGGCCAUGUGUCUGGGAAUAAAGGCGCUGGAGGAGCAGAGGAGGUCAGAGAAGGCGCACUUUGAGAAGGAGAGGGAGAGCCUGCGCAACGCCGUGCUUAUGGAGAGGAGGAGCAUGGAGCAAGAGGGCAAGAAGGAGAAGGCGAGGAUGGCGAAGGAGACGGCCAAGAUGGAGGAGAUGGUGCUGAUGCAGAGAAAGAGACUGGCGGAGGAAAGGCGGACGCAGAGGGUGGAGGUGGAGAACGAGAUGGCGAGAACGAAGGAGGCGAUGCUUGCGGAGAUAAAUGGGCUGAAGGAGCAGAGGGACAGGGAGGGGGUGAGGGAGAAGGCGGAUGAAAAAGAUCUGCUGCAGGGGUUGAUGGAGCAGGCGCAGAUGGAGGAGAGGGAGAAAAUGCAGGACACUCUGCUGCUGGAGAGGAAGAGGCUGGAGGACGAGUGGAGGAGAGAGAAGGCCCAGACGGAAAACGAGAGGACAAAGAUGGAGGAGGUGCUGCUGGCCGAGAGGAAGAGGAUGGAGGAGGAGAGAAGACGAGACAACGCGCUGAUGGAGGAGGAGAGACAGAAAAUGAAGGAAGCGGUGCUAAUGGAGAUAAAGAGACUGGAGGAUGAAAGGAGGAGGGAGAGGGUGGAGAUGGCGAAGAGGAGCGAAAGGAUGGAGGAAGACAUACUGAUGGAGAGGAAGAGGUGGGAGGAUGAGAGGAAAGAGCAGGUGCUUGCGGAAAAAGAGAGCGUGGAACUUUGAGCAAAUGGAAAUGUUUAAUGAGAGGCUUGAGAGAUUAAAAAUGAGAAUGACCGGAAGGGCGCACUUUUAAACUCGGCUCAUUCUCCAGUGUUCCUGAGGGGCACGCGUGCAAAACAGCUGUGCCACACGCACGCUUGUGCCACACACACAAAGUACAGUAUGCGGCAAUAACAAAAAAUGAACAAUCAUUCACUAUUAGGUGACCGUUUGUGGUGGACAUACAAUUUUUUGUUUACAGCUCAAUUAAAAUUAAAAUUA